CGUGGCCAUUGAGAGUGGUUCUGCGUAUAGGUGGGCAAAGGCAAAGUGGGGAGAGCGUAGCAGCGUAGCGCGCUCGUUAUGGGUACGGCACGGCAGCAUGGAGGAGGGCUUGAUAGGGUCACGUUCUGUUAACGCGCAUAUGCGCGCAUUUUCUAUAGUAAACGUUACGUAUACCAUAGAUAAAUGCGCGCAUAUGCGCGUUACGGAACGCAGGGUAGAGGCCUUAUGUGAGGGGAGACCUGCGCGAGACGGACGAGUUUUCGUGGGGGCCGGAGGCCGGAGCCAUAUAAAAAGAAAAGAAAAAAAAGACGAGCUUUCGUUGUUUCAUCUGAUCUACUCUCAAUAGUCUCAAUCCCAAUCUCUCGUGAUCUCUCGCAAUCUCUCGUUGGACGGAGUAUAGUAUACUUAUAUCUCAGAGCUCGGGACGUUCGUGAAGAUGCCGUUAAAUUACUACGAGGUGCUCGGCUGCAGCGAGGAGUCCACUCAGGAAGAGGUCAAGCGCGCUUACCAUCGACGCUUACUGCAGUUUCAUCCUGAUAAGAACAGCGCCGCGGACGUUCAGGAGUUUCACGACGUCAGGGAAGCCUGGCAGAUACUCCGACAUCGAGAGUCCAGGAGGAAGUACGAUGCAACCUGCAAGCAGGAGCAGUUAGAGGAAGAAGAGGAAGACGGUCCCGUGUACGCGCGUCUCUCACUGGACGACAUGGAGGAGUCCGUUUUCGAAGAUAUGUGGUUCUACCGUUGUCGGUGCGGCGAUAAAUACUUUGUCGACCGAGAUACUCUUCCUGAGAAGGACAGUUUACUUCAAGUGAAGUGCAACGGCUGUACGCUUAUCAUCAUUGUCGAAGUAUAGCACGCCGAUAUUUAUAUUGGCCACGAAGUUCAACCUUUGAUGGCAUCUGUAGGCCUUUUUCUUUUUCUUGUUUUUCUUUUCUUUUUUUUUACUGUAAAACACGACUGAACUUCACUUAUUUGAUCGAAUGCAAGCGAGAUGAUGAGGAGAAUGCGUUUUCUACGUUUGAUUGUAUAGUAUGGCGAGAUAACACUUACAGCUGUGUAGAAAGAGGUCGAAAUCGAAUAUUUAUUUUGUACAAAAUAUGUUUCUCAGCACAAGAACAUGUGUACACUUAUAAUAAAUUUUAAAAAAAGAAAAACAUCUAAAA